AAAAACUGAGUUACUGGCUUCUGUUGAAUCCAGAAAAUAGCAAGCCUAGUAUUAGAUUAAGGCUCGACUUGAUUUUUAAAAACAUGUUGAAGAGUCAGUUUGAUGACCUAAUGUGAUAAAGAUGAGUUCGAGUUUUGUAUCAUUAAGAUAAGCAUUGAAUCAGAAAUUAGUCUCACUGGGCCGUUUGUGUACCUCAUGGUACAAUAAGAAGCUAUUUAAACGACUGCAUUUUGUUCCUUUACUUUGGCACAGCCAUCUCAGCUCAGCCAGCAGGCCAUUUGUUUUGUUCCUGGUAGCUAUUUGAACCAAUCAGGACACAAAUAAUCUUCUACCACACCAGUCUCAUGUUCCUUUUGAUGAGAUUCUAGAGAAGUCAUGGGUAAUACUUUCCUCUCUGCUGGCCCCUGCUAAUGUUUCAGUUGUACAAGGUCAGGUCUUAAUUUAACUACCAACUGGAUGCUUAAAUUUAGCUACAUGAAGGGACACAUUGGCUCAUGGGGCACUGUUUCUCUUGGUUAGGAAGUCAGGUCCCUGGAUACGAAUGACAAGAUGAUGAUGGUUCCAAAAGACAUGGAGGAAAAUGAAGACUUUGAUGAAGAUCAUCUCACAGCUUAUGAAAUUCAGCUUAGCAUUCAAGAAUCCAUUGAAACCAACAAAAAACAACUUCAUCCUGAAAGUAGGUUUGUACCCCUAAGUGCUGAGAACAGAAAACUGGUAGAGGCCAUCAAAAAAGGCCAAAUACUUGAGCUCCAGGACUAUGUGAAAUAUAAAUAUGCUUUGGAUGAAGCUGAUGACAAUGGAUGGUUCCCACUUCAUGUGGCUGUAGUUCAACCUAUUCAACAAAUACUUGAGAUUGUUCUGGAUGCAUCCUACAAAACUCUUUGGGAAUACAAUACUUGUGAUGGAGAAACACCAUUAACUCUAGCAAUCAAUUCUGGUCUGGUGGAAAAUGUAAGAACUCUGCUGGAAAAGGGAGUGUGGCCUGACACCAAAAACCUCAAAGGAGAAACUCCUCUUCUACUUGCUAUAAGAAAAGGUUCCUAUGACAUGGUAUCUCUUCUGAUUAAACAUAACACUAGUCUUGACCUGCCCUGUAUCAAAAGAUGGUCCGCGAUGCAUGAGGCAGCCAAACAAGGACGCAAGGAUAUUAUUGCUCUGCUUCUAAAGAAUGGAGGAAAUGUCCACCUGCGGGAUGGAUUCGGAAUUACACCUUUGGGUGUUGCUGCUGAAUAUGGUCACUGUGAUGUGUUAGAAUAUCUCAUCCACAAAGGUGGUGAUGUUUUUGCUUUGGCGGAUGAUGGGGCAUCUGUGUUGUUUGAGGCAGCAGGAGGAGGUAAUCCUGACUGUAUUUCUCUUUUGUUGGAAUAUGGAGGAAGUGGAAAUGUGCCUAACAGAUCAGGACACCUCCCUAUUCACCGAGCUGCCUAUGAAGGACACUACCUGGCUUUGAAAUACCUUAUCCCAGUAACAUCCAAAAAUGCAAUACAAAAAAGUGGGUUAACUCCCAUUCAUUCAGCAGCUGAAGGCCAAAAUGUUCAGUGUCUGGAAUUACUCAUUGAAAAUGAUUUUGACGUUAAUUCUCUCCUGGCCGAUCACAUUUCUGAGAACUAUGAUGACGGAAGGAAGACUGCACUGUAUUUUGCCGUUUCCAAUAAUGACAUUCUCUGCACAGAGGUUCUGUUGGCUGCAGGUGCAGACCCAAACCAAGAUCCCCUGAACUGUCUCCUUGUAGCAGUGAGAGCUGGCAAUCACGAAAUCGUCAGAUUGCUUCUCUCCCAUGGAGCAAAUGUCAAUUGUUACUUCAUGCAUGUGAAUGAUACCAGAUUCCCUAGUGCCAUUCAAUAUGCUUUGAAUGAUGAGGCAAUGCUUAGACUGUUACUGAAUAAUGGCUACCAAGUGGAGAUGUGCUUUGAUUGCAUGCAUGGCGAUAUCUUUGGAAAUUCCUUUGUGUGGUCUGAGAUUGAAGAAGAUGUUCUACCAGGAUGGACAUCUUGUGUAAUAAAAGAUAACCCGUUCUGUGAAUUCAUUACAGUUCCUUGGAUGAAGCACUUGGUGGGUCGUGUCAUUCGUAUUUUAAUAGAUUAUAUGGAUUAUGUCCCACUGUGUGAUAAGCUGAAGUCUAUGCUAGAAGUACAGAGAGAAUGGCCAGAAAUACGUCAAAUAUUAGAGUCCCUGACACAACUGCUCCAAAACAACCUGAAAUCCUGUGAAGAGGGGGCAAAGCCCCUUAUUCUUCAAUUCAAGAUGAGGCACCAUGAGAAAGGUACAAAGAACCCAGGUACAAAGGAUGGUUAUCAGACUUUUUCCUAGAGUAAGUUUUAAUAAAGAGAGGAGAGGGAGACAAUGAGAGUAUUAAUUACCUAGAAUGGGAAGACUGAAAGUCCAAGACAGCCUUCAUUAGUUCUAUCUCUGUCUGGGGCUAAACAUAAUCCUACUUAAGAACGAAUUAUGGAAAUGCAGAGCUUAAAAGAGCUAUGAAAAGUUAUUUAUUUCAUCAUUCUUUCUCUUGGCAAGACUUUACUUAACUCUGUGGUGACCUGAUCUUUAUGUUCAUCCAAGAUGGAAGGAAAAUGUCCAUUACUGAUAUGUGAUCCCAUGUUUAUAACAUUGUCUGGAUAGCCCAACUGAAUAAUGAAAUCAGUUGGCACAGAGAAAAGCAGACUUCUUCGUUCAUAUGUCUACAACACAUGAUUUAUCCCAUUGGUCUGAUGAUAACACCAAUAAAAAUGGAUGAUGACUCAUAACUUUCAAGGUCAGCAUAAAGCAUACUGCCUCUAUCAAUCUCUUUAGCCUCUAAAAUGAAGCAAAUAUAUCUGUUUCCACCAGACUCUUUAUAUUACUUACCAGCUGACUUUCCAAUGAUUUUUUUCUUAUAAUUUACAACUGAUUUUUGUGAUUAUUUUUCUUAAUAUAUGUAAUUUACAGUGCCAAAAGAAGAGCAUUUAGUAUCUCUCAAGAUGAGCAUAAGCUUUUUUUCUAAUGAAGCUCCACCGAUGGUAUAAGUCUUUUGUUGGCUCAGAUCUGAUUUCUAGAUAGAUAAAUACAGAAUGGAGAUAAGCAAAGACAUUCCAGAGACUGCAGCCGGGGGCAAAAAGCAGAAGGGAUGAGCAUUCAGAAGAUUGUGGGGGAUUCUGAGAGGAAAGAAUAUCAUAUGAGAACAGCAAGGUUGAGGGAUAGAGCAGUUCCACUGACUUCCAUUAUAAGAAUGGAGAUGGGAAGGAAGGAAAGAAAGAAGAAAGGAAGGAAUGAAGGAAGGAACGAAGGAACAAAGGAAUGAAGGAAGCUAGGAAGCUCAGAAGAUAAGAAGGAAAUAAGGAAGUUAGGAAGGAAGAUAAGAAGGAAGUUAGGAGGAUAUGAAGGAAGGAAGGAAGGAAGGAAGGAAGGAA